GAGCGGAGCCCUCUGUCUUCCUUGAUUCUCUGUCCACCACCCCCUAUAACAUGGCGAGAGCCUAGAAGUCUCACACCAAAAUAACUUAAUAGAAGUCCUCUUUCUUCUUUCUGUUUCCCACAAUUCAAACGCAGGAAGAAGACCAGGACUCGGUCCAAGCCUCCAAGGCCACCAUCUCUUAUUCCGCCUUUCUAUCUUCUCUGACUUCCCUCUCUCUCUCUCUCUCUCUCUCUCUCUCUCUCUCUCUCUCUCUCUCUCUCUAUGUUCUUGACUUUUUGUCCUUCGUGGUAGUUUCUUCUCCCUCUGGAGGUUUCCGUCGUCGUUGUUUCUACUCAAUGGUGUCCAUUCUUUCGUUGAUUGGGGGCAGAAACUCAAGCUUGCUCAUAGAAUUAUUCUUUAAAUCGGGGUUUCGUUUCUCUGUUCUUGCUAGUAGGUCCUCCUGAUCUCGAAAACUAUGCUUUUGUGGUGUUUUUGUUUUUCUUAAUUUCCCCACCCCUUUUUUCGCUUCUUGUCGGAAGUACGUUAUUAAUGCGUUAAUGCCGGUUGUUUCAGCAAAUUUUGUUGUUAUGGUUUCGAUGUCUUGAAGUUUGAUUUUGACGGUCGAUCUCUGAUGGGUUAUCGUUUAUGGGACUAGAACCGUUACACGCUUGACGAGACGUUUCCCUGCGCUCUCGUCGGUGGGAGGACUAGGAUUUGAUUUGCAAAUUUAUUACGGUUGAAGAAAUAUCACACAUGUUACCCUUCAACAGAAACAGAAAUCAGCCAAGGACCAGCAGAUCUUGGUCUCUUUCAGGCAUGGAUUAUGCAGAUUCAAAACGGAAGAGCAACUUUGUUGGCAAGGUUCUUUUGCUUGCUAUUCUCACAGCCCUAUGCAUUAUUAUGCUGAAGCAGUCACCUGGAUUUAGUAGCCCGAGCCCGUUCUCCCGUCAUGAACCAGGGAUGACACAUGUCUUAGUAACUGGAGGUGCUGGCUAUAUUGGUUCACAUGCUGCACUUAGACUUCUGAAGGAUUCAUACCGUGUCACCAUAGUGGACAACCUCUCCCGGGGAAACAUUGGUGCAAUUAAGGUCCUUCAGGAGAAGUUUCCAGAACCUGGGAGACUUCAGUUCAUUUAUGCUGAUUUGGGCGAUGUGAAAGCUGUACACAAAAUAUUUGCAGAAAAUGCAUUUGAUGCUGUGAUGCAUUUUGCAGCUGUUGCUUAUGUUGGGGAAAGCACACUUGAUCCUCUCAGAUAUUAUCACAAUAUUACAUCAAAUACCUUGGUAGUAUUGGAGGCAAUGGCUGCACAUGGUGUGAAGACACUAAUCUACUCAAGUACAUGUGCAACAUAUGGAGAGCCUGAAAGGAUGCCUAUUACAGAAGCAACUCAUCAGGCCCCAAUUAACCCAUAUGGAAAAGCCAAGAAGAUGGCAGAAGAUAUCAUUCUCGAUUUCUCAAAGAAUUCAGACAUGGCUGUCAUGAUCUUAAGAUAUUUCAAUGUGAUUGGUUCAGAUCCAGAGGGAAGGCUAGGGGAAGCUCCCAGACCUGAAUUGCGUGAGCAUGGACGGAUAUCAGGUGCUUGCUUUGAUGCAGCAAUGGGGAUAAUUCCUGGGUUGAAGGUCAAAGGAACAGAUUAUAAGACACCUGAUGGCACUUGCAUAAGAGACUACAUUGAUGUCACAGACUUAGUUGAUGCUCAUGUGAAGGCUCUUGUGAAGGCAACCCCUGGAAAAGUUGGUAUUUACAAUGUUGGCACAGGAAAAGGUAGAUCAGUCAAGGAAUUUGUGGAGGCAUGUAAGAAGGCGACAGGUGUGGACAUCAAAGUUGAAUAUCUCAGCCGCCGGCCUGGAGAUUAUGCUGAAGUUUACAGUGAUCCAUCCAAGAUACUGCAUGAGUUAAACUGGACAGCACAGUACACCAAUCUUCAAGAGAGUUUGCAGAUUGCAUGGAGAUGGCAGCAGUCACAUCGUAAUGGAUAUGGGCCCCCCUUGGCUAUGUCCUCUUGAUAGAUCAUUCCACAUUGUAAUUUGUAACAGAAGAUUCAGAUAGGUGCGGCUGUGGCAUUGAGCUCCCACAUUUAUUUCUUAUUGACCUUUUCCUUGAUAUGCAAAGGGGAGGUUUUGGGUAUUCAUUUUGGAGAUAAAUCAGCGUAGGAGCAAGCCCAUUUGUUAUAUUAAUGAGAACAGAGAAAGUUGAAUAAUAAUGCAUCCAGCCCAUAUAGCUCCUUAUACUAACCCUUCUCAUUAUUGC